AUGUAUAACAUGUUUCAGUGCAGAUAUUCCUGUCAGCGGGCUGGCAGACUAUUCCAGAUUGUAAAAGCAUCCUACAGCUCAUUAAUAAAGGACAAAGCUUAUAUUAAUGGAAAAUGGGUUAGUGCCACAGACGGAAAGACUUUUAAUGUGAUUAAUCCAGCCAAUGGAGAAUUUAUCAGGGAUGUUCCAGACAUGUCAACUGCAGAAACACAAUUAGCCAUUGAUGCUGCAUACUCUGCUUUUGAAAGCUGGAAGGAUACGACUGCUAAGGAGAGAAGUUCCAUUUUGAAGAAAUGGUAUGCAUUGAUUGAAGCAAACAAAACAUCACUUGCAGAAUUGCUGACUAGAGAACAGGGAAAAAGCAUGGCCGAUUCAGUGGCUGAAGUUACUUAUGGUGCAAGUUUUUUUGAAUGGUUUGCUGAAGAAGCCAGACGAGUCUAUGGAGAUGUCAUUCCACCUGCAGUUCCUGGACGACGCAUUUUGGUAAUCAAACAACCAAUAGGGGUUGCUGGAAUCAUUACACCUUGGAACUUUCCAAUAGCCAUGAUAACAAGAAAACUUGGUGCUGCCUUGGCUGUAGGUUGUACUGCUGUCAUUAAACCUGCAGAAGACACACCAUUGACAGCAUUAGCCAUUUGUCAACUUGGUGAAGAAGCUGGUAUACCUGCUGGUGUUGUAAAUGUUGUCACAGCCUCCAGAACCAAUACACCUGAAAUUGGAAGACUAAUUUGCGAGAAUCCCAAAGUGGCCACUAUUUCUUUCACAGGCUCUACGGGAGUUGGAAAGAUUUUACUGUCACAGUCAGCAUCGACAGUGAAGAGAGUUUCCCUUGAACUUGGAGGAAAUGCACCCUUCAUAGUGUUUGACAGUGCUGAUUUAGAUAAAGCAGUCACAGGCACCAUGAAUUGCAAAUUCCGUUGUUCUGGCCAGACGUGUAUCUGUGCUAAUCGAAUUUUGGUUCAAGAAGGCAUCUAUGAAGCAUUUGUGAAGAAUCUAGCUGAAGCAAUGAAAAAUCAAUUAGUUGUUGGUAAUGGACUUGACAAAGGAGUCAAUAUUGGACCUCUUAUUAAUUCUGAGGCUGUAAAUAAAGUCGAUAGCCUAGUAAAUGAUGCUGUUGAAAAAGGUGCAACCAAAUUGAUUGGUGGUAAGAAACUCACUCUUGGCAAGAAUUUCUAUGAACCAACCAUUUUGACAAAUGUAACGACAGAUAUGGAAUGUGCUCAUAACGAAAUAUUUGGACCCGUCGCUUCAGUUAUCAGGUUUAAAACAGAAGAGGAGGCUAUCAAGAUUGCCAAUUCUACACCUUAUGGACUGGCUGGUUACUUCUACUCACAAGACAUAGCCCAAAUAUGGCGAGUUGCUGAGAAACUAGAAGUUGGACUUGUUGGUGCCAAUGAGAGUGCAAUAUCAACAGCAGAAAUUCCUUUUGGAGGUUUUAAACAGUCUGGCCUUGGACGAGAAGGUGGAAAGUUUGGAGUUGAUGAAUAUCUGGAAGUUAAAUACAUUUGUAUGGGAGGAAUAUGA